UAUAUUUUAUCGCGAAAUAUACUCGAUUAAAAAAAAACAGAAAAUAGAGAAAAGAUUCGCUGCGUGCGCGCGCGCACACGCAUCCGUUUUUUUAGUAAAGCUAAAAGUUAAAACUAAAAAAAAAGAGAAGAAGAAAACAGAAGAAGAAGAAAAGAAGAGAGAAAUAAAAAGGGAGAAGAAGGACGAAAAAGAAAGGAAAAGAGAAAAAAAAGUAAGAGAAUCGAGAAAAGAGAAAGAGGGAAGAGAAGGAGAUCGCGGGAGAUCAUCGGUGAAGAGAAAAUGGCCUCGAGCUGUUCCAUCCGGUGUGGUUCGAGAAAUAUCCUGGUGAAUGCUGCUACUACGUUCUUCGCACUCCUCAUCGUUCUUCGAUGUUUCGCCAAUGCCGAGAAGUCGAAACCACCUCCGUGCCAGAGCGACGUUUACUGCCGAGGCGAGUUGCUGCACACGAUACAGAUGGCCUCGAUCUACAAGGACUCGAAAACGUUCGUCGACAUGAAGAUGAAACAACCGCCUUACGAGACGUUGAAGUUGUUUCGAGAGUUCAUGGAUCGGCACGAUCAGAUGCCGACCAGGUACCAGAUCGAGCGAUUCGUCAACGAUACGUUCGACCCGGAGGGAUCCGAGUUCGAGGAUUGGGAUCCGGUCGAUUGGACGUUCAGGCCCAAGUUUCUCUCCAAGAUUCUCGACGACGAUCUUCGAAACUUCGCCUCCGAUUUGAACGGUAUUUGGAAAAUGUUGGGGCGAAAGAUGAAGGACGAUGUCCGCGUGAACGAGGAACUCUACUCGAUUAUUUACGUGCCGCAUCCGGUCAUCGUCCCCGGGGGCAGAUUUCGCGAAUUUUAUUACUGGGACUCGUAUUGGAUCGUGAAAGGAUUGCUUCUCUCGGAGAUGUACAACACCGUGAGAGGAAUGUUGACCAAUUUCGUCUCCCUUGUGGACAAGAUCGGUUUCAUCCCGAACGGAGGCAGGAUAUACUACACUAUGAGAUCCCAACCGCCCAUGUUGAUUUCCAUGGUCGACGAGUAUCUGAAGGCCACUCACGAUUACGAGUGGCUCGAGAACAAUCUUUACCUCCUCGAGAAGGAGUUCGAUUUUUGGAUGACCAAUCGAACGGUCGAGAUCGAGGUGGACGGUGUCAAUUACUUAAUGUCCAGAUACAACGAGGAGUCGUCCGGUCCUCGGCCGGAAUCCUACAAAGAGGAUUACCUCACCAGUCAAAGUUUUCGCACCAACGAAGAGAAGGACAAUUAUUACGCGGAGUUAAAAACGGCUGCCGAAUCAGGUUGGGAUUUUUCCAGCCGUUGGUUCAUACUGGACGGCACGAACAAAGGUAAUCUGACCAACUUGAAAACGAGAUACAUUAUCCCGGUCGAUCUGAACUCGAUAAUAUAUCGGAACGCGGUGCUGCUGGCACAGUACAAUCAGAGGAUGGGAAACGAUUCGAAGGUGGCGUAUUACCAGAAAAGGGCGGCCGAAUGGAAGAAGGCGAUCACGGCGGUGCUGUGGCACGACGAGGUCGGCGCAUGGCUCGACUACGACAUAAUGAACGACAUAAAGAGGGAUUACUUCUAUCCGACCAACAUCCUCCCCCUGUGGACCGAUUGUUACGACAUAGCCAAGAGGGAGGAGUACGUGUCCAAGGUGCUCAAGUAUCUGGAGAAGAACAAGAUAAUGUUGAAUCUUGGCGGUAUACCGACCACGCUCGAGCACUCGGGCGAGCAAUGGGAUUAUCCCAACGCUUGGCCACCACUUCAAUAUUUCGUGAUCAUGGCGUUGAACAAGACGGAGGACCCGUGGGCCCAGAGGCUCGCCUACGAGAUAAGCGAGCGAUGGGUUCGAAGCAACUACAAGGCGUACAACGAGACGCACAACAUGUUCGAGAAGGACGACACGACACAACGAUUCGAGAAACACCGGAAGUUGCCGCGAUCAAUGGUGGUGUACAAAAGGCGGCAUUAUUACGUACCGGGGCCGUCCACGAUGCCGAACAAGAGAAAAGUAAUAUCGCCGAGUGGGAAUCUUUACCGAAAGAGGAUCGCUUACACCGAGCUCAAGGACAUGAACAACUAUUGACGACCGUUGCUCUUUUAGAGAGCCCAAGCUUCAAGUGCGAAGCGACCGUUGAAGCGCGAUAAUGGCACACGAGGGGCGAGACGAAGAGAGGAC